CCAAUCCCACCUCAGACGAAGAAGAGGAGGAACAACGGCCGCGCCAAGAAGGGCCGCGGCCACGUCCAGCCCAUCCGCUGCACCAACUGCGCCCGCUGCGUCCCCAAGGACAAAGCCAUCAAGAAAUUCGUCAUCAGGAACAUCGUGGAGGCUGCAGCUGUCAGGGACAUCUCGGAGGCCAGCGUCUUUGACUCUUAUGUCCUGCCCAAGCUGUACGUGAAGCUGCACUACUGCGUCAGCUGCGCCAUCCACAGCAAGGUGGUGAGGAACCGCUCGCGGGAGGCCCGCAAGGACCGGACCCCCCCUCCUCGCUUCAGGCCGGCGGGCGCAGCCCCACGGCCUCCCCCCAAACCUAUGUAAGGAGAAGAUACCUGGAAACGUCCUCGGGCUGAAAAUGUCCCUGAGUUCUGUCUGAAUAAAGGACUUGAGACCAAA